AUGGACACCAAAUCUAACGAAAACAUAGAUAAUAAAGAAGACAAGAACAUCGAUAUUAAGAAGAAAAAAAAAAGAAGAAAAAAAAAAAUUAUAAUAAACGUUCGAAAGAAAGUUCUGCGAAAGGAGGAAGUAACUGUUGAGGAUGUUUCCAGUUCGAAUGCGCUGGGCGAAAGUCUGACGGAUAGUCGGAAUGGGAAAGGCGCUUCAAGAGGGAAGUACGUUCGCAGGAAUAGUAAUUCUAAGGAGCCCACCAAGGCAGCCAAGAAGGCUCGCUUCUUCGAUCAGGAAUACAACAUCCGCGAGAUACCAAACUGCCCCAUUUCUGAGAUGCUCAUAAAGCGGAACAAAAAAAAAUGA